AUGGUAAUCCUACUCCUCACCCUUACUUUGUUAGUGGGGGGUGUGUGUGGUGAUGAUCCUGAGCUCGGGUCCCCUCCUCCACCCAAUGCCCGCCCUCGCCUUCGCCCCCUCCCCCACCCAUUCCUGUCCCCGCCCGCACCUAGGUGCCAGCCCCCACCCCUGCCUCCUCCCAAGCCCAAGCCUCCGCCUCAGCCCAAGCCUCCGCCUCAGCCUCAGCCUCAGCCUCCGCCUCCGCCCAAGCCCAAGCCCAAGCCCCGUAAGGCCAUUUGCAAAUUGAAGGAGUUCCCACUGUGUUACCUAUCAGUGCACACGUGCCCAAACGAGUGUCCCGAGCGCUGCGCCGUUGACUGUGCUGCAUGCAAGCCUGUGUGCAUAUGCAGUAUGCCAGGCGCGGUGUGCCAGGAUCCUCGGUUUGUGGGUGGUGAUGGUGUCACUUUCUACUUCCAUGGAAAGAAGGACCACGACUUCUGCCUCGUCUCCGACCCAGAUCUCCACAUCAACGCCCACUUUAUCGGAAAAACCAGGCCCUCCAUGAAACGAGACUUCACCUGGGUCCAGUCCACCGCGAUCCUCUUCGGGCCGCAUCACCUCUUCAUAGGGGCCCAGAAAGUUGCCAAGUGGGACGACUCCCUCGACCACCUCUCUGUAACUUUCGAUGGCCACCUUGUGCACCUUCCCCUCAGUGAGGGCUCAGAGUGGAGAGGCCAGGCAUGCCAUAACUUGACCCUCACUCGAACCUCCAGAACAAAUGGGGUGGUGGCUGAGCUCAUAGGAAAGUUCAAGAUAACAGCAAAUGUGGUGCCUAUAACCAUGGAGGAGAGUAUGAUUCAUGGGUAUAAUAUAACAGAUGAGGAUUGCUUUGCUCAUUUGGAUCUUGGGUUUAAGUUUUAUGGGCUAAGUGGCAAUGUGAGUGGUGUGCUUGGCCAAACAUACAGGGAGGGGUAUAGGACUAGGGUCAGAAUGGGUGCAGCCAUGCCUAUAAUGGGAGGGGACAGCGAGUUUGCGACUACAAACCUUUUUGCAGCUGACUGUGCUGUGGCGAGGUUCGAGAGCGGGAACGCGACCGGCGGAGAUAUUUGGGCUGAGGAUCAUGAGUGA